GCGUGAGUGAGAAGGUCAGGUCAUGCAGAACGAGCCCGCUGAAGCCGGACGUGUUAGAGGCAUUGUGGGCCGAGGAGACCAGGCAGAGCCCGGCAGAGCGCGCGGGGGCGGUCGGUGAGAGCCGCGCGGAGGAGACGGGCCAUAGCCAUGUCCCCGAGAGCGCUGCUGCUGUUGCGGAGCGCCGCCAAAGCUGCCUGGGGCUCGGGGGUUUGGGGAGCCACCGCUCGCUGCUCUCUGAGGCCAGGGACAGCCCCCGGGUCAGCGGCUGCCUGGAAAGAGUUGAGAUCAUCAGAGGAAGGCCACCAUCAUUUUUGUACUGCUGCUUCUCAGAAUGUCACCUACAAAGAACUGAAAAAUUUGCUUCAUUCCAAAUCCAGUUUGUUGAUUGAUGUUAGAGAGCCGUGGGAAGUUCUAGAAUAUGGAAAAAUUCCAGGGUUUCUUAAUAUACCAUUGGGUGAAAUAAGUCAAGCUCUACAAAUGGAUUCAGAGGACUUUAAAGAGAAGUACAAUCAAGAUAUGCCUUCUAAGUCUGAUAGCCUGGUGUUUUCUUGUCUAGGAGGAAUGAGAAGUGAGAAAGCUCUAAAGACUGCCUUAUCAUUGGGUUACGAAAGUGCUCGGCACUAUCCUGGAGGUUGGAAAGAAUGGGAAAGCUAUCAAUAUCCAGAGAAGAAAAAAUGACAUGACAAUGAAUUUUGAAAUCCCAAUUUUGAAAACUAUUUUUAAGGUAAAUUAUGUUAUAGAAAGAACAGAAUAUAGUGGGGGGAAAAGCAUGGGAGUCAAAAGAUCUGAGUCUUCUAGUUCUAACUGUGUAACUGGGAAAACUCACUUUAAACUCUGAUCCAACAUCUUGGUCUGUGAAAUGGGUAUAAUAAUCUUUACUCUGUCUGAUUUCUUAUGGUUGUUACGAAGAUCAGUUGAGAUAAUGUAUGAAGGACCUAAUGAAUUGCAGAUGUUUAGUAGUAAAACCAAUCCACUUGUACAUUUUAAGAACUUAAAGCAAAUAUUGUCUUUUUCAAAAUUGAACUUGAACUUUUUGAAGAGGGAAAAGGGAGAAUUAAUAAAUAAGUAAACAUUCUAUUUCAGUUUUAAGGAUAUUUGUCAAAAAAAAAAGACCAGUAGGCUGAGAAAUGGUUAAUAUAAUAUGGAAAUUUAAAAUAUUAAGAGCAACUGUUUCAUAUCUGUGAGAUUUUGCACUGAAUUUUGUGAUAAAUUAAUAAAAGUUAUAAACUUCUACGUCAUCUGUGUGUGACAAAGAGA